AUGGCCACUACGUUGGUGAAGGCCGCUCUUAGCCCAUUACUUACCGCCCCAGCAUUACUCGCACUCACUGUAGCACCGGCUCGUAUUCGUGAGCCUAUACUACGCUAUCUCAGAGAGCAUGUCUCCAACUUAACGAUCAAGCGCGCGAUCACUGCAUUGCAAUGGCUCACCGCAUUGGGCCUGGCAAGCAGGGCGAGUGCGUUUAUGAGCGAGCUUGCCCAGAACAACUUUCGCUUCCAGUCUGAACGUCAUCGCUACAACUGGCCGAAGGAGGUUGCCAUCAUCACCGGGGCCGCCAGUGGCUUUGGAGCUCUCAUGUCCAAGUCAUUAGCUGAGAAGGGCGUCAACAUAGUCGCCAUUGACAUCAAGGACGAGCUCCCUGCGGACAUGAGGGGCAAUUCCAAGAUCACGUAUUACAGGUGUGACAUUACUGAUCAAAGUGCCGUUAAGGAGCUCGCCGCCCAAGUGAAGGAGGCCCACGGCGCCGCUUCGAUAUUGAUCAACAACGCUGGCGUCUACUUUCGCGACGACAUCCUCACUGUGCCAUCUGACAAGCUCCACAAGACCUUCAACGUGAACAUUAUCAGCCACUACUACAUGCUUCAAGCCUUUCUGCCGGACAUGAUCAAAGCCAAGAAAGGGCACGUUGUGAGCCUGGCUUCUAUGGCUUCUUUCGUCGGCGUGCCGUUCUUCGGCACCUAUACCAAUACGAAAGCUGCCGUUCUUAACCUUCAUGAGUCGCUACAGCGCGAGACGAGAGUCCUACACAACACGCCAGAGAUCAAAUUCACCAUCGUGCACCCAACAUUUGCGGAUACGCCGAUGGUUCACACCCACCAAGGGGAACUGGACAAGCUCGGUGUUGUCCCCAUCCCAGCGACGAUGGUAACUGAUGCCAUUGUCAAGCAGAUACUUAGUGGGCGAGGCAGGCAGAUCAUAGUGGCGCCGGGCCUUGAAUGGAUCAGCGUGCUGAGGGCGCUUCCGCACUGGUUCCAAACGUCGCUCUACAUGCUGGAGGAGCGCAGCGACGGUAAGGUCAUGAAGGAGAAUCAUGAGGAGAUGAAGGCGACGCAGGUCUAG